AUGGAUGCAGGGCCUCAGCCCCGGCGGGGACCCCUCCGCGGAGCACAGAGGGAGAGAGCGGCCGAGGAAGAGUCUCAGACCGGAGCUAAAUCCCAGCGCGUCCUUCAGCAGCGGCACCGCAGCAGCAUCCUUCAGGUCGCCGGGGGCAGCGCGGUCUCCGGCGGUCUCUCCCUCCCUCCUGAGCACUGUGCUUGUUAUUAUAUGUACAGAAUAAUACGUGUCGCGGCGGUGGCAGCAACUGCGGCGGAAAGGGAGGCGGGAACGGGAAGGGGGACGGGGUCUCACCAGGCUUGUUGCUCCAUCAGGGAGCUGGAUGUGUUCCGCAAAGCGAAUGAGAUUAAGGUGGAUCCUGACAAGCCUCUCGAGGGUGUUCGCCUGGCUGCGCUGCAGGCAAGGAAGACACUGUUGGUUCCAACACCACGUUUGAGAACUGGGCUGUUUAAUAAGAUUGUACCACCUCCAGGUGCAACUAAGGAGAUGCUACGGAUAUGUGCUACAUCUCAGGGUGUAAAAGACUUCAGCGUGCCCAUACGUCUUGAUGGGAAAGCACGAGUGGACUUGGUGGUUGUAGGAUCAGUGGCUGUCUCUGAAAAAGGGUGGAGAAUUGGAAAAGGUGAAGGUUAUGCAGAUAUGGAGUAUGCAAUGAUGGUGUCAAUGGGUGCUGUCCAGGAGGAUACACCUGUAAUUACCAUUGUGCAUGAUUGCCAGGUUGUUGACAUAGCAGAAGAGCUUCUUGAUGACCAUGAUUUAACAGUGGAUUAUAUACUCACUCCAACAAGAACUAUCAAGACUAACUGCAAACGAUUGAAACCACAAGGAAUAAUGUGGCAUAAGGUCAGCUAUGAGAUGCUGGGAAAAAUCCCUGUCCUAAAGAGUCUGCGAUACAGAGAGAAGCAGGCAGGCAAAGACGUUACCCUCAAGGAUGAACAUCCAGACUUGGCAAACGCUGCCAAACCAAGAGCGUUAAAUGAGAAGGCAAUGGCUGAAAAUACAAGACCACAGGCUGCAACAGGCUCGGCUCAAAUAGGACAACAAUAUGUUGAAAGCAAUUCUUUAAGUCCCAGAUUAGAGGGAUCUGGCACACUUACUACUGUGUACGUGGGGAAUAUACCUCCCAGUACAAGAGUGAGUGAACUGAAACACGCUUUAAGGGAAUUCCAUGCAACUCCUUUACGAUUGAAUUGGCAAGGAGCACAGCACAGGGCUUUUCUCGAUUACAAGGAUAAAGCAACGGCAGCGAGUGCUGUAUCCUCUUUGCAAGGCUUGAGCCUCGGGGGCAAAACUUUGCGAGUUGAGCUGGCCAGGAACCAGAGAAACAAAGGGCAAGUAGAAAUCGAUAGUCAGAAAUGAAUGUGAAUAGAGG